GGGGCAGGAGAAAAAAGCUUUUCCAAAAAAGUAUUGGCUGUCUUGAGGAAUGCGGUCGCCCCCUUGGGAAAGUACAUAUCUGGGAGCAGCAGGCGGCUCCGCGCUCGCACUCCCGCUCCUCCGCCCGACCGCGCGCUCGCCCCGCCGCUCCUGCCGCAGCCCCAGGGCCCCUCGCCGCCGCCACCAUGGACGCCAUCAAGAAGAAGAUGCAGAUGCUGAAGCUCGACAAGGAGAACGCCUUGGAUCGAGCUGAGCAGGCGGAGGCCGACAAGAAGGCGGCGGAAGACAGGAGCAAGCAGCUCGAGGAGGACAUCGCGGCCAAGGAGAAGUUGCUGCGGGUGUCGGAGGACGAGCGGGACCGGGUGCUGGAGGAGCUGCACAAGGCGGAGGACAGCCUCCUGGCCGCCGAAGAGGCCGCCGCCAAGCUGGAAGAUGAGCUGGUGUCACUGCAAAAGAAACUCAAGGGCACCGAAGAUGAACUGGACAAAUACUCCGAGGCUCUCAAAGAUGCCCAGGAGAAGCUGGAGCUGGCAGAGAAAAAGGCCACCGACGCUGAAGCCGAUGUAGCUUCUCUGAACAGACGCAUCCAGCUGGUUGAGGAAGAGUUGGAUCGUGCCCAGGAGCGUCUGGCAACAGCUUUGCAAAAGCUGGAGGAAGCUGAGAAGGCAGCAGAUGAGAGUGAGAGAGGCAUGAAAGUCAUUGAGAGUCGAGCCCAAAAAGAUGAAGAAAAAAUGGAAAUUCAGGAGAUCCAACUGAAAGAGGCCAAGCACAUUGCUGAAGAUGCCGACCGCAAAUAUGAAGAGGUGGCCCGUAAGCUGGUCAUCAUUGAGAGCGACCUGGAACGUGCAGAGGAGCGAGCUGAGCUCUCAGAAGGCCAAGUCCGACAGCUGGAAGAACAAUUAAGAAUAAUGGAUCAGACCUUGAAAGCAUUAAUGGCUGCAGAGGAUAAGUACUCGCAGAAGGAAGACAAAUAUGAGGAAGAGAUCAAGGUCCUUUCCGACAAGCUGAAGGAGGCUGAGACUCGGGCUGAGUUUGCGGAGAGGUCAGUAACUAAAUUGGAGAAAAGCAUUGAUGACUUAGAAGACGAGCUGUACGCUCAGAAACUGAAGUACAAAGCCAUCAGCGAGGAGCUGGACCACGCUCUCAACGAUAUGACUUCCAUAUAAGUCUCUUUGCUUCACUUCUCCCAAGACUCCCUCGUCGAGGUGGAUGUCCCACCUCUCUGAGCUCUGCAUUUGUCUGUUCUCCAGCUGACCCUGGUUCUCUCUCUUAGCAUCCUGCCUUAGAGCCAGGCACACACUGUGCUUUCUAUUGUACAGAAGCUCUUCGUUUCAGUGUCAAAUAAACACUGUGUAAGCUAUUUCUGUUUGCUAUUCUUUUUACUUCUUAUUUAUUGACAUUUUAGUUUCAACAUUGAAUAAAACUACAAAGCUGCUUCACACGUAUGAGGGUUAGUGUUUGGCUGCUGCUUUUUCUUUUUAAAUUCUGAACGCUGUACAGAAUUAUAUCAGGAGUUUCUAAAGCAGUAGUUCCUUGUUGAACUUCAAAAAAAUACCCAGGCCUGCAUCCCUCUCGGAGUUCUGAUUUUCAAAGGUUGGAAUGAGGUCUGGACAUCUGGAGGGGUUUUGGGGGAAUUGUGAUGGCUCUGCUUUGCAGUCUGGGUCACACAGGGGACAUUGCUUGUUGAGAGUUGAAAGGUCUCGCUUAAUCAGUGUCUUCCUUUGCUGGAGGUUUAGCUCGGGAUGUAGUGACCCCUCUGUGUUGAUUAUUUCGGUGGCCUUACUUGGGAGGACCUGGCUAACAAUGAAAGGCUCAUGAUGAAUGGUUCUGUAGCUGUCCCAUAUUACUAGGAAGUUAUACAUUGAGAAGGGUGAAAAAGGACUUGGAUUCAAACAAUGUAAGUUUUGGUUAUUGUCGAUCAUCCUUUUAUAGCACAAAGAAAAGUUCAAGCUUUUUUGAAGUGUAUUUAUGACUCAGCCACCUUUAUUUUGAUCACGAAAAUGACAUCUUAGGUUUUCUAAAUAUGAUUACUCUGUUUAGUCAUGAUUUGUGCUUUUUAGCACAUACUCUAUGGGAGGGAUUGUACAUAAUCUUUGUGUUCAAUGGCUGUUUUCAUUUGUGGACAUUUUUAAAAUAUAGCAAUGAAAGUUUCUUUUUUUUCCCCCAAAAAGAUAGUUGGUGGAAAUUGUUCAGAAGACAAUUGGGCUUCUGUUUUAUUUCACAAACAGCAAUUAAGUGAUUUAAAAAAAAAAUACAUUGCAAAAAUUAGAACUUUAACUAAUAUGGACUUUAGUGUCAUGAUUCCCAACAUUUCUCCUUCCUCAACAAUCUACUUAUAUAUUUCUCCUGUUUUUUUUUUUUAACAUGGAUGAUCUGCAUGUUUUGUAUAUAGUUUUUUUAGCCCGAGAGGGCUGAUGUACCACCAUGCUCAAAUAAAUUUGGACAAACUCAGAAGAUAGUGUCAUUCUCACUCUACAGAGACUUCAAAGCAUAGAGGAAAUACUUUUUUUAAAGAAAGCUGUGAAUUAAAGUAUUUUAGUCAUAGUAUGGUGGACUUUUAGAAUCUGGACAAUGUCUCUCCCUUGAGUGUAUAAAGACUUCCAUGAUUUCAUGUUUUUCUUUUCUUAAGGCUCCUUGGGCCUGCUUCUGACUAUGAUUCCCUCCUUGUUCUUUUUUAAAUUCAGAAUAAGAGAAGUGUACCCUUCUCUGAGUAAAUCCUGCUUCCUGAUGUAGACAAAAUGCCAAGUCUGAAAGUUCUGCUGAGCAGAUGUUCAUGUAAUUCUGGAGGCACAUCUGUUUUUUGGAAAUCCUUCCAGAGACUUUCGUACUUUCUAUAAGUACACUGUACAAGAGGAAGUUGGACACUAAUGGACUGGGAGGGCAGGUCAGGAGUAACCCAAGGUGUGCAUGUGCAAGAGGAAAACUUGAUAAAGUCAAGUUUAUCAAGAAAUUGUUGAUUUCUUGUUCAACUGUUGAUUUGAACCAGGCUUCUGGUUCAAAGGGCCAGGCCAUAGCUACAGCUGCUCUGGUGGGCCAAACCGAAAGCAUCACUUGAGUUUGGGCACUUGAAGUUUCAGACAGCUGGGAGUCUCCAUAGAACAGGAAGGGAAAACACUUCCAAGGAUAUGAGCAUGUCUUGUCCCUGCCUUUGGGCCACCCAUGCACACCAGCUCCACAGCAGCUGAAGCAGAGCAGAUCCAGAGGAGGCUGUCAGAGGGACUGCUGUCCCUCCUGCUGAAUUCAUACUGACUCUCUGGAUUCUCCAGAUUUUCUCCAAAGUUCUUCCAUUCUAGCCUGGCCAAACAUUUGGGCUCAGCAAACUGAGACAUGCUCCCUACCCAUGGCGACAGUUCCCUAUGUCCAUAGUGUGAAUGUAGUAAUGGGAUUUAUGUCUUGCAACCCCCAAGCAUAUGUCACGUGCAAAACACCAUGAGAAGCAGUGGGGGUGUGGUAAAGAGAUGGGCUGGAAAGGCUCUUUGUCCUCGAUGAGCUGGCCAUCUGGUGGGGAGAUAGAGGAGUGAAGCGAGUCCGAACUAAUAGGCAUGUGCAUUUGGAGCCAACAAAGAAGAGAACCAUUCUGACUGGGAGCUCCCUGGAGGAGGUAGCUGACAUUUGACUGGGGUUUGGCAUAUUCAGAAAAUGUGGAUGAGCAAAGAGGACAGAGCAGCAGAUAUUCCAAGCGAGAAAACAUAACGAGCAUAGCAUCCUCCCAUGUCCUGCCAUUUUAUGAGAGAAUGUUAAUGUGAGAACUCCUGAGUCUCCCGACAGACCUGGGGGCUGCAGGCACAUUUUCCCUAGGGGUAAGACUGUUAGCUUUUCAAGAUCAUGAAGUAUUUUUAGGUCCAACUUGUCACCAGCAUUCAAAGCCACCAUGCAUCCUCCGGCUAUUCCCAGUGCAUACCGGGCUCUUGCUUGUCAUAGCUUGGGCGUCCCCUGGAUCGUCAGAUACAGACCGACUCCUGCACUUGUUUUCCCCCAUGAGCAGAUCACGUGUCAGUGUGUAAAAUGUAUAUCAUGCUGGUCUUCAUGUAGGUGUUGCAAGUUUUGUUCAUUUUAUACACAUCCAUUAGCACCACACAUGAAUGCCAUCCUCUUCAAGAAGUAAGCAGAUAGGGCUGGGCGUGGUGGCUCACGCCUGUAAUCCCAGCACUUUGGGAGGCCGAGGUGGGUGGAUCACGAGGUCAGGAGAUCGAGACCAUCCUGGCUAACACGGUGAAACCCCGUCUCUACUAAAAAAAUACAAAAAAAUUAGCCUGGCGUGGUGGCGGGCGCCUGUAGUCUUAGCUACUAGGGAGGCUGAGGCAGGAGAAUGGCAUGAACCCGGGAGGCGGAGCUUGCAGUGAGCCGAGAUCGCGCCACUGCACUCUAGCCUGGAUGACAGAGUGAGACUCGGUCUCAAAAAAAAAAAGCAAGCAGAUAAAUUCUAAAUCAGUGUUGAGUGGUGACAAGUGCUUGUUCUUUUGCUGUUUGAAUGGAUAACACUAUCAAAGCUAGACGAGAGUCAGAAUGUGUACCCUGUAUUGUGGUGACUGGGGGAAGGACAGGGACUUAAUUCCAAAUUUCAAAAAAUUUCAGUGCAGCAAAAGCAGUAACCCCCAGUUGGUCCUACCUGAGGGGAAAGCCUGCCCUGUGAAUGGAGAGGAAAGGGGUUCUGGAGGAGGUGGGCAGCACUGGGCAGGUCGAGGUUUCACCUAAGUUCAACACUGAGCCCUAGCAAGGGGUGGAUGUCACGCUGGGCUUGCCUCCAGCCAGGCCUCCAUUCCCAAAUCUAUUGCCAGAAACCAUGUAUGGCUCAGCUCACAAAGUGGUUUAGUGAGGUAUAAGAGGAACAUUCACUCUUCUACCUCCUCUUAUCCCGUUGCUCCUCCUCCCUGCUUUUCCUCACCAAGAGAAAAAUUCUGACACUUCCUAAGUCUACCAAGCUUUUUAGGGUCUACCCUUCAUGGAUACAGGACAGGUGACUAUUGGGUAAGAGUAAACUGCUCAGCAAGUGACCAGUUGCUGUCCUGCGUGAGGUCUCUUUGUGUUCUCUAUUAACUGCCUCUCACCGAGUCUGCUAACCUCUCUUCCUUCUGCCUCUUUUCUGCUAACCUGCUUGCUGACCUGUACAGAUCAACUCUACCAGCAACUUGAGCAAAAUCGCCGCCUCACUAAUGAACUAAAGCUGGCCCUGAAUGAGGAUUAAACUUAAGAGUGAAAAAACUUGGGCUGAAUUCUAGGCGUGGAGCCCAUGUGCAGAAAAUCUAAGACUGUCCUACCUUCAACUAAUAGAGUUGAAAACAGUUGCUUUCUGCAGAAAUGCAAAUGCAAGGAAUUGGCUGAAAGGCUGGCCUUGCCUGCUUUUUUCUCUAUAUGGCUGGAAUAAUUACGUUCUCUUUAAUCACAAAACAGCUUUUAUGGUAGAAUACUUAUAUCAAUUCAGCACUGCUCUUUGAAAUAGCAGAUCCUCUUGUUUGAACUGAUAAAUAAUGAGGAGCCCCCCAAAAAAGUUUUCUAUUUCCUGACAGCCAUGAGUCCUACUUUUAAGUGUGUAUAUAUAUAUAUAUAUAUAUAUAUGCGUGUGUGUGUGUGUGUAUAUGUAUUCCUAUUAGAUACUCAUAUUCCUAACUUCUAAAUAUCUGGUAUAGUGUUUGAAAUAUGAUUAAAUGUACCUAUGCUUGGGCAAAAUAGCUUUUGAAAACAGGAACUCAUGCCAGAAGCCCCUGGUUGUCUGAAAGGUAUGCUUUACUCAGUCUAAUGGUGCUGUUGGAGUCUGGGGAGAAUGUCAUGCUAAUAAAUAGAACACUAUAAAAAUAUUAAGAGAAUGUCCUAAUGAAGUGUGCAUGAAACAUGUUGAUAAUUUUUUAUGAGCAACAGAAAUAAAUCAUUUUAAAAGUU